CGACGUUCGUUCGCAACCGCAAAUAUGGCUGCGGUCAUGUCUGCGAAGCGUCCUCGCACUAUGACGAACGGCCUAGAUUCCAUUGGAGGUGUAGGCGGCAGCCGUCGCAACAAGCGGCCGAGGCCUUCUGCGCCGGACAGCAGCGAGGAAUCUUCCAUCGACGAGCGGUCUAAUGUAUCAAGUGAUAGCGACGCCUCCGACAGCGAACGAGACCAAGCCCGAGAUCACGAGCAAAUGGCAUGGGCGACACAGCAGGUGCAGCAAGACUUUCAGGCGACUGCGAACAAACAAAACGUGGCGACGGAUUCUGGCAUCAUCGAGGAGAUUCAGUGCAUCAACUUCAUGUGUCACGAGCACUUGACAGUAACCCUGGGGCCUCUGAUCAAUUUCAUCAUCGGCCACAAUGGUAGCGGUAAAAGCGCGGUGCUUACAGCCCUCACUAUAUGCCUGGGCGGGAAAGCUACGGCAACAAACCGUGCACAGAACCUCAAGAGUUUGAUCAAGGAGGGCAGAGAACAUGCCACUGUGACGGUUCGCAUCAAGAACCAAGGCCCGCUUGCGUAUAAGCCUCUGCAAUAUGGCGGUUCGAUCAUCGUCGAACGACACUUUAGCAAAUCUGGCACCUCGGGAUUCAAGCUCAAGGAUCUCAAUGGCAGGGUUGUUUCGACAAAGAAGGCGGAACUGGAGGAUAUUCUCGAUGCUUUUUCAAUGCAGAUCGACAAUCCAAUGAACGUGCUAACCCAGGAUAUGGCACGACAGUUCUUGAACAACUCCACGCCGAAAGACAAGUACAAGUUUUUCCUCCAGGGUACACAGCUCGAAAAUCUGAAUAGGGAUUACCAACAAAUCGAGCAGUCGUUAGAAUUGAUGAAUGCCCGAGCAGAAGUCAAGGAGGCAGACCUGGGGGUCCUCAGAAAGCGAAUGGAGGAUUUGGCUGGCAAAGCUCGACGCGCUGAGAACCUGGAAAGGAUCAGAGCCAAGGAGACAGAAAUUGCUCAUCAAGCAGCUUGGGCGCGGGUCCAGCAGGAAGAGGUUGAGCUAGCCAAAGCAGAAGCUGAGGUCCAACGAGUUGAUCUCUUGAUUGAAGAAAGGACGAGAAUCGUAAACGAAGUCUCGGAGUGCUACGAACGCGCCGAUCAGGCUCAUCAGACCGCCAAAGAGAACGUGACUGAAAUCACAACUGAGCUACAAACUGCAAAACAACAUGAAAAGGACGCAAAUGCUCAAUUUAAGGAAUCGAGAGAAAAGAUCUUGACACUCAAGGCUGAUGAGCGGACAAUUAGCGAGGAUGUAAAGGCAAAGAAGAAAGAGGUGAACAACUACGAGUCAGAGAUCGAGCAACUUCGCCGGCGCCAAGUCGAAGCUGAUGAUGGUGUAUACGCGGAGAAAGUCCGCGAACUUGAGGAGGCCAAGGGUGAAUCCGAGCGAGCGAAAGACUUGUUCACCAACCAUGACAGUGGUCUUCCGGUGCUGCAAGACCAAAUGAAGACUACCAAAAAGGAGCAGAUGAUCGCCGAUCAGAAAUUGGCAAAAGCGCGCGAUGAUGAAAGGCGCAUCCAAGGCAAUAUCAACGGUCUUCGCCAGGGACAAGGCAACUGGAUAGACGGCUACCCGAAUCCGGGGGGGUUGGACAAGUUACUACGAGCCAUUCAGUCCGACCACAGGUUUCGAGAGCAACCUGUUGGGCCAAUGGGCCGCCAUGUCAAGCUAUUGCGUUCGGAAUGGGGCUACAUCUUGGAAAAACAAUUCGGUCAAGCCCUGAAUGGCUUCGUAGUCACCAGCAAGGCGGAUCAAGCCAUCCUUACCGGUCUGAUGAGAAAGUUGAACUGGCAUUCUCCCAUAUACAUCGGCAAUAGAAACCCCAUCGACACGACGCAGAACGAACCCGGGUCUGAGCUGUUAACCUGGAUGAGAGCUGUUAAAAUCGAGGAUGAUCUUGUUCGGAAUCAAUUCAUCAUCAACCAAGGAUUUGAACAGACAGUACUUAUCGAAGACCGGACCGAAGGCUCAAGAUUCAUGCACGCCCGUGGACCGCCGACAAGAAAUGUCAAGAUGUGCUUCACCUUUGCAGAUGGUGACAAACGGAGAGGUCGAGUGAUCAACUUCACGUCAAAUGGCGGUAUCAAUGAUAGUCCGAUCGAUGAAUAUCGGGGAGUGUUGCGCAUGCAAGCAGAUAAAGAAGAUCGAAUUAGAGAAGAGCAAGAGCGUCUUGAACAAGUUCAACGGGAAGUGCAUGAUCUUAAGCAAACAUGCCAGGAUGUCGUGAACCGCGUUAAUGCCUGCAGCGCUCAGCAGCAGAACCACCAGAAGCAGAAGAAGACUCUCCAAGUCAGCUUCCAGAAAGCUCAAGAUAAAGUAGAUCGACUGGAGGGAGAAUUGAGCGAGGCUACUCCGGAUGAAGCAGCCAUCGAGGUCCUCCAGGACGCGCUUACCAAAGCCCAAGAAGAGUUUGAACGCAUCUCAGGCGUCUUCGAAGAUAUGGUGUUACAACGCGACAAGCUUAAUGCCGAGGCCCGCACCAACAAGACAGCGAUGGAGGAUGCGCAACGCGCUGUCCAAGGCUUGGAGUUCAAGCUCGAAAAAGCUCACGCUACGGUCCGCAAGCUGCAAGGCCAACGGGAAGAUGAGCUCAAAAAGAAGAAUCACGCUAUAGCCCAGGUUGCGGCUGCCCAGGAGAAUAGAGAUGUUUGGGCGGAACACGUGAGGACAGCUCAAAGUGAUGUUGACAGUGCGACCAAGGAGGUGGAAAGCAUCUGUCCGCAACGUGUAGCCGUACCGCAUGGCAAGACCUCCGAGCAGUUGCUGGAGACACUCAAGAAACUCAGGGCAACCAGGCGCGAGACUGAGAAAGAGCUGGGCGGCUCACAGGACGAACUCCUACGACUGGCCAACGAAGCAAAGAAGACGCACAAAAAUGCAAUGCAAGAUUUUGAGGACAUUAAGAACCUGCGCAAUCAUCUCAUCAACACGCUGAACAACCGGCGCAACCGAUGGAAGCAAUUCAGGUCGGGAAUCUCUGUAAGAGCGCGGGUCACGUUUAGCUACCUCCUUAGUGAGCGCAAAUUCCGCGGUUCACUCAUGAUCGACCACAAUAAAGGGCUCCUUGAUAUUCAUGUCCAACCGGACAUCAUGGAGCGAAGCGGAGAUGGGAGGCAGACCAAAACGCUUUCCGGUGGCGAGAAGUCGUACUCGACCGUCUGUCUUUUGCUCUCACUUUGGGAUGCCAUGGGCUCCCCCAUUCGCUGCCUCGACGAGUUCGAUGUCUUCAUGGACAGCGUCAACCGCGAGAGGAGCAUGCACAUGAUCAUUCAAGCUGCGCGGCGUUCGAUCGGUCGACAGUUCAUCUUCAUUACGCCGCAAUCGAUGAACAAUGUCAAUCAGACGUCUGAUGUCAAGAUUAUCAAAAUGAGCGAUCCUGAGCGUGGGCAGACGGCGCUGAACGUUCGCCGCACCUGAGGCAAACGGUGAGAAAGAGAACGGCUUUGUUUCUGUGAAUUGCGACCGCGCUUGGCAUGGAUCUAGACGGGCAUUGUCUGGGGCCACGGAGUUUAUGAUUUGUUAUACCCGCUUGCUGAGGCGUCAGGGCUAUUAUGACGGCCAUGAUUUCACAUCAUCUUUGCGACGUUUGAUCGAACAUGGCCAUCAUGGAGGUAUGCAUGCACGUGCCAGGAUUGUGUUUGGGAGCGUAGAUGCGAUCUGGAUGAAAUAGUUUUAAUAUCAUCACUCACCAUGUAAUAACUAUAUACCCCCCA